AUGCCACCCCCAUCGCCUCCACCCGAGGACGAGCAAUUCAAAGACCACUUCCUCGAUGUCAACGCCAGCGACUUUGUCGAAAGCUUCUUCGUCUUCGUCGACGAUCUAACGGCACAACACACCGAGGAAGCCGUCCACGGCGAGAACCACGACGUCGUCAACGGCCCUUUCAAAAACAAAACUCCCGGAGAGUGCCACGCCAUCCUCCGCCGCCUCCAACGAGACAACGGCUCCGAGCUCAACUGGUCCGCCUUCGUCAUUCUGGACGAGCGCUCUUUGCGCGACGACACGGCAAUCAUCGUCAGCGAUGGCGCAUGGGACGGCGUUCUCGACACCGUCCGUUCCGUUUUCAGCGUGAUUGAUAGGACGCUUGGUUUGCUCUUGAUCGGGGAUAUUAGUUUUGAUGAGUGUAUGGAGGAAGCUCGCGUGGCGAAGGAUGGCCUUUGGCGUUUCAGGCAUACCGAUACGUUUCCUGGUGGCGAGGGUGGGAAGCCGUUCGAUUGGGUGAGGGAUGGGUUUGAGUAUGAUUUUCAUGAGGGGAAGUGGGUUGAGGUUGGGCGGGAGGGUGGAGUUGAGGAGACGAGGGAUAGGGUCGAAAGACUCGAGUUGGAGGAGAGGGGCGACGCUCCGUAG